GCCGGCCUCGGUUCGGCGCUCCAACCCGCGCGGAGAGCGGGCCUGGGGGAGGCCGGGGCGGCUGUCAGGCUAAAGUCCGGCUGGCGGGCGCGGCGGGACGGCGGCGGCGGCGGGACGGGCCCUGGAGAUGAGCCGAGGUGCCGCGGGCUGGUGCUGUCUCGUGCUCUGGCUGCCCGCGUGCGUCGCGGCCCACGGCUUACGCGUCCAUGACUACUUAUAUUUCCAAGUGCUGAGUCCUGGGGACAUUCGCUAUAUCUUCACAGCCACGCCUGCCAAGGACUUUGGUGGUAUAUUUCACACACGCUAUGAGCAGAUUCACCUUGUCCCUGCCGAACCUCCAGAGGCCUGUGGGGAACUCAGCAACGGCUUCUUCAUCCAGGACCAGAUUGCUCUGGUGGAAAGGGGGGGCUGCUCCUUCCUCUCCAAGACCAGGGUGGUUCAAGAGCAUGGUGGGCGGGCUGUGAUCAUCUCGGACAAUGCAGUUGACAAUGACAGUUUCUACGUGGAGAUGAUCCAGGAUAGUACUCAACGCACAGCUGACAUUCCUGCCCUCUUCCUGCUCGGCCGAGAUGGCUACAUGAUCCGCCGCUCUCUGGAACAGCAUGGGCUGCCAUGGGCCAUCAUCUCUAUCCCAGUCAAUGUCACGAGUAUCCCCACUUUUGAGCUGCUGCAACCUCCCUGGACUUUCUGGUAGAAAAGCUUACCCCAGGUACCAGCCACAGGUGACUCACUGGGAAGAAAAAAACCUAAGAUUCUGCCAUUUGGAGUUUGGAGAUAGACUCUGAGGACAAGUAGAGCCAGGGAUGGGACAGGGAAGCCACACUAGUGGCUUUCCCUUCCUUAGGGCCUGCAAGAACAUCUCAUGCUCCAGUAAGAGCCAAGAACCAGGCCCAAGGCGUCUGGGCAGAAUUUGGAACAAAAGGUGCUGAAGGCAGGCGGCCUUUCCUCGGCCACCUGUCACACACCAGUUUUUCAGCCUCCCACAGCCCGGACUUCCUCACAGUGACUCUUGUAGCUCUUGCUGAAGUGGUUUAAGAAAUAGUUAUUCUGGGCCGAAGGAUUCUCUACUCUUUAGCAAUAAAGGUAAAUAAAGCUCGU